AUUCGAUUUUAUUUACAAAUCAGAACCGGAAGUACCAUGUGGUAAACAUUGAAUGAGAAGUGAACUAAGAUUAAGAAAGAAACUGAAGAUAAAGUUUUAAGUGAGAAGAAUGUCCAGAGGAGGAUUCAGGAGUAACUAUGGAGGGGGCGGGAGAGGGGGAGGUGGCGGCUUUAGAGGAGGAGGAGGAAGAGGGGGAGGAUUCCGCGGGGGUGGAGGAGGCAGAGGUGGGAGAGGAGGAUAUGGAAACAAAUUUGACCAAGGCCCUCCAGAAACAGUGAAAGAGCUGGGGGAGUAUGUCCACCCGUGUGAAGACGACCUGGUCUGUGUCAGCACUAUAGAGGACGUUCCACAUUUCAAUGCUCCUAUCUUUCUAGAAAACAAACAACAAAUUGGAAAAGUGGAUGAAAUCUUUGGUUCCAUUAGAAAUUUUUAUUUCUCUGUAAAAUUAUCAGAAAAUAUGAAAGCAAAAUCUUUUUCCAAAAGCACAAAGUUAUUUAUAGAUCCGUACAAGCUGUUACCACUCCAGAGAUUCCUGCCAAAGCCCCCGGGGUCAGGAGGGGGGCGGGGUAGAGGGGGAGGGAGAGGUGGAGGACGCGGUGGGGGCAGAGGACGAGGAGGUGGCCGAGGCGGCGGCGGUGGUUUCCGGGGUCGCGGUGGAGGUGGAGGGUUCAGAGGUCGUGGGGGAGGGGGCAGGGGUCGAGGGGGAUUUAGGGGGAGGUAACCUCAGCUGUGGACUUCCAGGAAAUGUACAUCAAGAUUUAUAUGAAGACCUCAUUAAUCAUGUCAUAGAGACAGUUUUCUCAAAUGGUCUGAUGUGUUCAUUUGUUAAAAUACAUGUACAUGAUGAUUUUCAUGUAACUGUUUCUUUUAUAUUUUCUGAAACAUGUUUUAUAAUAAAUAGUGAUACAUACCCUC